UCUCUCUCUCUCUCUCUCUCUCUCUCUCUCUAUUCAACGGGCUGUAUUGGCAUGGAAAACAUAUGUUUACAUUGCCAAAGCAAGUCUGCCUCUCUCUCUCGCUCUCAGUUUUUUUCUCCUUUACCUUUCCUCCUCAGCAUCCACUUCUGAUGCCGUGUGUCUGUGCUGUUGGGGCGACCGGAGCCUAACGCGCAGGGCCCUUCACCCGAAUCGCUGCACCUUCCCUGGGUCUCUGUCUCUGUCUCUUCCACUUCCCCCUGCCUGUCAGCCUGCUUGGAUACCUCCCCCACCCCCCGUAGGGAGAAACGACAGUCUGCUUCACUGGGGAGCCGUUCGGGAAUUAGCAAUGCCCUAUCCCGGCAUCCUUUAGCCACUUGGAAUAUCUCGGAUUUCUACAUCCGUCCGUUGGUCUCGCUAUCCAUCUGUCGCCGGUCUCCCUCCAUCCGUGGCGGGGGACAGAGGAAUGAACAUCAGCAACUAUGAUACAAGGACUGAAGAAACGCACCAGGAAGGCCUUCGGGUUACGAAAGAAAGAGAAGGACACAGACUCCACGGGCUCCCCUGACAAAGAUGGAGUAAGUAGGAGAAAGAAAAAGACCAACGGGGCUCCAAAUGGCUAUUAUGGGGAGAUUGAUUUGGACCGAUAUGCUGCUCCAGAUGUGGACGCUGAUGGCUUCAGUCUCAGACCCGGAGAGGAGAGAGAAACAGCUCCCAAAGGCAAGCAGCACUUCUCCUCCAGCGACACUGAGGACGAGGACGACAACAGGAAGUUCAAGAUUAAGAUCAAGCCGUUGCCCUCCGACACUACCAAGUGUGCCAUCCCCUCUAUGGAUGAACUGAAAGCUUCCGUUGGAGGUUUGGCUCUGUCUCCCUCUUUGAGGAGAAGUCCGGUCUGUUCUCUCUUCCUUUUUGUUGGUCUCAGAGACGCAGCCCGAACAUCCAAGCAGCUAGUCAAGGCUAUUCUUCGUCUGAUUCUUCCGCCUCAUACAGAGGUUCCCCCGUGCUUGACCUGGAAGAUGUGUUCGGCCCCAUGGAAUCCUGCCGGAUCAAUGAGGGCAGGGCCUCGCCCCGAUGGGUCAGCUUCAACAGUGAGAGACCACCCCCACCAGAAGAACCGGCCCCGCCUCCGCCCCCUGCCUAUCCUCCUCCUGACUCGCCCAACUCCCUCUCUUCCACCCCAGACUCCCCCUGCCUCUCCCCGGGCCCUCCUCCGGAUGAGCCUCCCCCCUCCCCGCCGCCCUUUUCCUCUCUCCCCGACUCACCCAUCUCCAUCAUCUCCAUUCCCCCUCCAAAUGAACCCGUUCCCCCUGCCUCCAGACUUCUUGCCCCCAGACUCCCCGCCGUGCAUCGCCAUCAAUCCUAGUCUGUUUUUGGAUGAUGAUGAGAUACUGGAGUACUCCCAUGCUCCCUCUACCCCUGCUGCCCCACUGGAAUACUCCCCUGCCCCUACUAGUCCCAUCCCUCCCCCCCUGCCUGCGGAGCGCUCCCUUCGGGCAGGCAUCCCUUCCCCUCUGGUGUUCCUUAGGGAGGAGCAGCCUGACUUUAUGUCCUGGCCCCUGGUGCUGACCCCGGGCUUCAGGGGUGUGCCGUCCCCCCUCCUCCCGCCCGCCUACAGGCCCAUGGUGUCUUCCCCCGGACCCUGCCCAGGCAGUGGCCCCUCCUCUCCACCUCGCCCUGCCACGCCGCUGUCAGGAGGUAGUCCAGUCCCUCCCCCUCUUCCUACAAGGCCCUCCUCUCGACCCAAACUGCCCCCUGGGAAACCAAUGGGAGACCUGACUCGGCCCUUCAGCCCCCCAGUCUCCGGCAGCCCCCCUCCCUUCGCCCCCCUGGCCCGAGCCGAGAGUUCCUCCUCCAUCACCUUGCUGAGCGCAGCCUCCACCCCUACCCUGGGGAGAGAGCUCAACAUAUCCACUACAGGAUGCUCCAGAGGACCCAGCCCACUGACCAUGGGAGCCCAGGACACUCUGCCCGUGGCGGCUGCCUUCACUGAGACCAUCAACGCCUACUUCAAAGGAGCCGACCCCAGCAAGUGUGUGGUGAAGAUCACCGGGGAGAUGGUGCUGUCUUUCCCAGCAGGCAUCACCAGGCACUUUGCCAGCCAUCCGUCUGCCCCUGUGCUCACCUUCAGCAUCAGUAACUACUGUCGGCUAGAGCAGGUCCUCCCCAAUCCACACCUACUGUGCUGUGACACCACCAUGUCCAGUGUGGACACCAAGGAGUUCUGGGUAAAUAUGCCAAACCUGAUGAGUCACCUGAGGAGAGUCGCUGACCAGAAGCCUCAAGCAACCUACUACAAUGUGGACAUGAUCAAAUAUCAGGUAGCAGCUGAGGGGAUCCAGUCUACUCCCCUGAACCUGGCGGUGAGUUGGCGUGGCGACACCACCAGCACGGACCUCAGAAUAGACUACAAAUACAACAAGGAGGCCAUGGCCGCAGCCCCCUCCCCCCUCCACAACAUCCACUUCCUGGUCCCUGUGGACGGGGGCGUGGCCAAACUCCAAGCCAUGAUUCCCACUGCCACCUGGAAUCCAGAACAGCAGAACAUUCUAUGGAAGAUAUCAAGCCUUUCCCAAAGGUCUGAAAAUGGAGGAGUGGGGGCUCUACUGGGUAGGUUCCAGUUGACAGAGGGUCCCAGUAAGCCGUCCCAGUUGGCGGUGCAGUUCACCAGCGAGGGCAGCACUCUGUCAGGCUGUGACAUCCAGCUAGUGGGGACUGGCUACAGGCUCUCGCUGGUCAAAAAGAGAUUUGCAGCAGGGAAAUAUCUGGCGGACAACUAGUCACCACUGUUGUGAAAUGGAACCCUUUCAACCAUACGAUGGCUUUUGACUGUGAGGAUGAUGAGAGACUUUUUAUGGAUUCUUCAUUCGAUACAAGUUACCAACUGAGAAACGUCUGAAACCUAACGCUUGAGCAGGGAGGGGUAACUGAUGACAUAGCAGCAACAACAGGAUGUGAUGUAAUACGCACUGUCCACCAGGGUUCACCAGGGUAUUGCUUUAUGUUUUAAUACACUCAAAUACAGUAGUCGCACUGUUGGAGUUUAUGCAAGUAGUCACCCUUUUUUCUUCGUUUUGUGCACCUUGAAGGUCAUUGAGGUCAAUUGUAAAGUAUUUUGUCUGUAAUGUUUUCGUUAUGUGUCGGACCCCAGUAAGACUAGCUGUCACCAUUGGCGUUGGCUAUUGGGCAUCCUAAUCAAUAAAACAUUUAGAAAUCAUAAUGAAAGAUAAUGGAUUCGACACAUUUACUCCCGUUUAGCAAAGUCAAUUAUCAUUGGCAGCACAUACAGUAAUCCAGCCGUAUCUGUGAGAAGAAUUCUAUGUGAAUGGGUGAUGGAUGGAAGAUGCACUGGACAGAUUUAUGUGAAUAGAUAGACACUGUUGUCAUUCAAUUGAUUAUGAAAAGAACAAUUGAUUAUGACAUAACAAUUGAUUAUGACAAGAACAAUUGAUUAUGACCAGAACUCCACGUGCAGGGUUAGGAUGAUAUUUUGAUGUUUUUCUUUUAUUUAUUGGGUUGAUUCAACUGAUAUGGUACCAGCUGGUACUGCACCAGCACGUUGAGGCCCACAACUUGGAGUUACCGUACAGACAGCAUUAUUACGUGGUGGUUGUGUGUUUUGCUGGGAGGUCAAGUGGUUCAUGUAAUGUAAUGGUUCAUAUUGUUUUCCUGAUUUGUGGAUGACAAAAACAAAGCAGUUGACCUUACAGGCUGAAUAGCAGAGUUGCCUUGGACCAGAUUACAUUUCCUUCUGAAUUCUGUUUGUCCCUUAGAGUUGUUGUGUCCAGGAGUCCUAAUCAAGAAUAACUGGUUGAAAUGACAUCUUCACAACUGGUUAGGGUGGCAGGUAGCUUAGCGGUUAAGAGUGUUGGGCCAGUAACUGAAAGGUCACUGGUUUGAAUCCCAAGUCAACUAGGUGGAAAAUCUGCAGAUGUGCCCUUGAGCAAGGCACUUAACCCUAAUUGCUCCUGUAAGUUGCUCUGGAUAAGAGCGUCUGCUAAAUGACUAAAAUGUAAAUGCUAGAAUUACAUCAAUUACUGGUUAGAAGUAGGUCUUUAUGAGGUCAUUUCAACCAGUUUUGCCCGCUGGGAAGUAUAACAGCAAAGAAGAUGGAAAAGUGCUUCAAGAAUGAUUUAUCUAAAAUAGAAUAAUAAUGAAUAUUCAAUGGAAGCCCCUAAUGUUAUGUUUCUUGUUUUUCCACCAUGUGGAGUUAAUAGAUGUUUUAUCAUUUUCUAAUAGCAGUAUAUUGAAAAUCUAUUUGUAAAAAAAAGUGUAAAUAUGAAAGAAUCUUCUUCAUAUGUCCCUUUGGACAUAUGGGUGAUUCUGUGUUUGUCAAAUCAGAUAUAUGUUAUACGGUUGGUGAUUUACAAUACAUUACAGAACACAUUUUUGUUUUGUUUUAUUUCUAACGCAGAUUUCUUGUAAAAUACUGACUGUCCAAAUCUGCGUUACUCAAAAGUGUUUGUUUUUUUAAAACCUUUUUUUACUCUACAAUGCUAGUUCAUUUAUUUCAAGACAUUUAGGAUGUCCAGCAGCACACAAAAGAGUCCCCCCUCCCCUCCUAAUCCAAUGCUAUUCUGACCUAGACUGGGUAAAGAAAACAGUAGUGAGUGUAGCGUUCAGUCUAAUGUAACCAGGUUCAUUCAGACCUACGUCUGUUAUAGUACGUGUACUAUGUGAUUGUUUUUACUGUAACUUCUAGUCAUGUCAUCGUGUUUGACCUUUCACCUGAAGAUUUAACCUUUAAACCCUUUGACCUUUGGCAUGAAUCCACAACAACAUUAUCAAACUUCCACGAUACGAUUGCAGUAACGUCCUCCUAGGUUUCCUCCCGACUUGCACACCAACAACAAAUACAUUUGUGUAACUGUAAUUGUUUUGCUCCUGCCCAUUUCAAGGAGAAAUAAUGUUAGUGUAUUAUUUUCACUUUAUGACAAUGGUAAUAGAAUUACCUCACAUUAUUGUUACUUAUUUCCAAAUCAGUAUAUUCAAAAUGAGUCGCGACCAAUGACAAAAGAGCCUUUUUAAGCCUUGAUAUUAUCAAUAACUAUGGUAAAUGUAUUUCAACUUUAGUUUUUUUGUCCUGGUUGCAAUAUUUAAUUGAUUUGUUUGAGCCUUACUGGCCCUUUAAAAAGUAUUCACAAAUUAAACGUUUUUUCAGUCAGUAUUUUAUUCACUGCAUAGGACACUGAAUAUGCAAACAUACCAUGUACAUUUCCCAUCCAAAGAUUUUAAGAGUAAAUAUAUAAAAAGUUAAUAUAAUGUAAUACCUGUUUUACUUGGUAAUAAAGAAUUGGAGAAUA